AUGAAGGUCCUGGCAGCCACCCUGGUCACUCUGCUCCUCCUGGCCAGCUGCUCCUCAUCUGAAGGUCACCUCGAUGGUGUCCCCAGCACCUGCUGCUUCAGCUACCAGAAGCAGCCCGUCCCUCAGCGCCGUGUCAGCUCCGUCUUCGUCACCAGCAGCUCCUGCACCCACCCGGGCGUGAUUGUGGUCACCAAGAAGGAGAAGCAGGUGUGUGCAGAUCCACGGGCACCAUGGGUGCAGGAGCUCCUGAAGCACUUCCAGAGCCCGGAAAAAUGA